GCAACAGUGUAAAAUUAUUUACAAAAACAUAAAAUUGACACUUACUGUUGACAUUUUAAAAAGUCAGCCAUUUACAACAAACUUCUACAAACAUCACAAUUAUUCUAUAAAAGUACAAUGCAAAGCUGAUUGUUAUGUGAAAUAACGUCCUACAAUAUGGGUAACUCAGGUUUGAAACAACAUAUCGAAACGGCACAAAAGACUGGAGUCCUGAAGGUUUCCCAGGGCAAGUUAAACGAGUUCCCACCAGCAUUCAAGCAACUUGAGGGUUGUCUACGGACCUUGGAUUUAUCUGAUAAUAAGUUUGUUGUCCUGCCAAAUGAAAUAAGCAGAUACAUUCAGCUCAAGCAUCUAAAUCUCAGUAAAAAUAAAAUAGGAAAAUUGCCAGAUUGCAUUGGAGCCCUAACAAAAUUGGAAUCAUUUAAUGCUAGUCACAACAAUUUAACCUCUUUGCCUAGAACAUUGUCCAAUUUAAUAAAUUUAAAACAGGUAAAUCUUAGUGAUAAUCAUAUCAAAGAGUUUCCACUGAUGUUUUGUGGACUGAAACACUUGGAUGUGCUGGAUUUGUCCAGGAAUGAGAUUGUGUCCCUUCCUUCGGAAAUCUCUGGUUUGAAUGUAACAGAGCUCAAUGUCAACCAAAACCAGAUAUCUCAUGUUUCACCGGAAAUAGCACAGUGUGCUCGUUUGAAGACAUUGAGACUAGAAGAAAACUGUUUACAACUGACUGCUAUUAACCCAAAAAUUCUUCGUGAUUCAAAAAUAUCUAACCUGGCAUUGGAUGGUAAUUUAUUUGAAAUGAAGCAGUUAUCUGAUAUAACUGGUUAUGAUGCUUAUAUGGAUAGAUUCACAGCAGUUAAGAAAAAGCUCUUUUAAUUUCAGUAAGUGCAGAGUUUUAUUAUUUACAAUGUAAUUUCAGUCUGUCAUUUGUUGCAUCUAUUUGUGAUAUAGUUAAUUUAGUCAAAGAAUAUUUUUAAUAUAAACUUACAUUUCCACGACGUCCUAAACUGGAAUGGACAAGAUUUGUGAUGUGUAUUCCAUUUUAAUAUCUGGUGCUUUCUGUCAAUUCUAUAUACUGUAAAGAAAUGCCCAUCAUUUUAUACUGACAUAUUUUAGCUAUAUAUGUUUAUAAUUCUACACUCUAAAAUAUAUGCUUCUUUAUAAAAUUGA